AUGCCGGGGGGCAGGAAAGCUCCGGAGGCGGCUGGAAGCGGCGCUCCCGGCACUUGGCGAGUGCUUGGCACUUCAAAAGGCGCAGGGCACGGGCCCACUGCGCACUUGCCGAGCAAGGACCUGAAGCUGUUGGGCCUGGCGCCGGGGGAUGUGGUGCUGCUCUGCGCCAAGGCGAAGCGCACGGUCUGCGCCUGCGAAGCCUCGGGCAAGGCCUCGAGCGGCGAGCUGCUCCUGAGCGCGGCGGCGCUGGGGUCCCUGGAAGUGAAGGAAGGCGAUGAGGUCACAGUGCUGCGAGACUUCGAGGCCUUGGAGGCGAAUGAGCUGUGGGUCGACGCGGCGGCGCUGGCGGCCGAGUGGCCGCGCAUGGCGGGGAAGCUGCAGCUGCUGAAGUACCUCAAGGCCGUGCUGGAGGGCGCGCUGGUGGUGGAGGGGGACCUCAGGCUGAUCUCUUUGAAUGGACGAGCCUGGGAGGUGGCCAUCCGGACUUGCCGCGGGAAGGAGAAGGACUGGCCUGGCCCUUGGCUCGUGGUGGAGAAAACCCAGCUGAGGCUGGGGCUGGAAGGGACUCCCGCACUGCCUCACGCCGGCUCCUUGGAGGCCUCGGUGGGCGGCCUGCGGCAGGUGGUGGAGGAGCUUCGGGAGGCCGUGCAGCUGCCGCUGCAGCGGCCCGAGCUCUACCGCCAGAUGGGGAUCUCGGCGCCCAAGGGCGUCCUCCUCUACGGGCCCCCAGGCACGGGGAAGACGUUGCUAGCCAAGAGCUUGGCCGCGGAUCUGGGCUGCUUCUGCGAGUUGCUGGCCGCCACGGAUUUGGUGGGCACCGGCGUGGGGGAGUCUGAGGAAAGGAUUGCAGCCGCCUUCCAGAACUGCCGGCAGCAAGCCCGCGAGCGCGGCACGGGGGCGCUGCUUUUCAUCGACGAGAUCGAUGCGGUCUGUCCUAAACGGGAUGAUGCCAGUGAGGUGGAGCGGCGGAUGGUGGCGGCCUUUCUCACGGCCCUGGACGGGGUCUCCGACUCCGGCGAGGGUUCGGGUUUGGUGGUGCUGGGGGCCACCAACCGCCCCGAGGCCUUGGACCCUGCGCUGCGGCGGUCCGGGCGCCUGGAGCGGGAGAUCGAAGUGGGGGUGCCCAACGCCGAGGAACGCCUGGAAAUUCUGCGCGUGCACUUGGGCUUUCUGCAGCAUCAUCUCUCGGAGGCCGAGGAGCGGCAGCUGGCGCGGCGCUGCCACGGCUUCGUGGGGGCCGACUUGAAGGCGCUCUGCGGGUGCGCGGCCCGCGGCGCGCUGCGACGGCAGCUGCCGUUGGACCUCGACCGCUUUUGGGAGGCCCUGCGUCAGGUGCCCCCCUCCGCACUGAAGGAGCUCUUGGUGGAGGUGCCAGAGGUGAGGUGGGAUGACAUCGGGGGCUACGAGAGCACCAAGGAGGCGCUGAAGGAGGCGGUGGAGUGGCCCAUCCGCCACGCCUGGGCCUUCGAGGCGAUGGGUAUGGAGGCCCCGAAGGGGGUGCUGCUCUACGGGCCGCCAGGUUGCUCCAAGACCAUGAUGGCCAAGGCGGUGGCCACGGAGACGGAGAUGAACUUCAUCUCGGUGAAGGGCCCCGAGCUGUUUUCCAAGUACGUGGGGGACAGCGAGCGCAGCGUGCGCGAGGUGUUUCGGAAGGCCCGGCAGGCCGCGCCUUGCGUGAUCUUCUUCGACGAGGUGGAUGCUCUGGGCGCCAGCCGGGAGAGCGAGGGCGGGGGCGUGGCCAGCCGCGUCCUGGCGCAGCUGCUGGUGGAGAUGGACGGUGUGGGGGGCACGCGGCACGUGGUGGUGUUGGCAGCGACCAACCGGCCACAGGCCCUGGAUUCCGCCCUGACGCGGCCCGGGCGCCUGGACCGCCUGGUGCACGUGCCCCUGCCGGACGAGGCGGCGCGCCUGGCCAUCCUCCAGCGGCAGUUGGGGCGCAUGAGCGCCGACCGAUCCUUGGCGCCCCAGCUGGCGCAAAGUACCGCCGGCUACUCCGGCGCCGAGGUGGUCAUGGUCUGCCGGGAGGCCGCGCUGCGCGCGGUGCGCGAGGCGGUGGAAUCCGCGGAUGCGCCGAAGGCGGAGGCAAAGCACUUCGAGGCCGCCCUGCGGGCGGUGCAGCCUCGGGUGACCCCGGAGAUGGCCCACUUCUAUGCGGACUUCGAGAGAAGCAUGCAGCGCACCUGA